AGCUGAGGGGCCUUCAGGAGAGGGUCCUCCUUCUGCCGGAGGGGAUGGCGGCCACCACGGGAGUGACCCUCCUGGUCCUGCUGCUCUCCUGCGGGCAGGGAGCCGAGCUCCCGCCCAUCAACGUGACCUCAGGUACAACUACUACAAGGAAUAAUACAAAAGUUCAGCAGGAUAUGCUUGGAGUAUUCGAUGAAAUUCUAGUCAAGGAGAUGUUGGAGCCAAAUAGAUCAUCAAUGUCUACAUUGAUACAAAAUAGUGGAACAACGUCAUCAACAAGAUUAUUCAAGGAGAAAAAUGCCGGCAUUGAUGAGAGCAACCAACUCAGCGCUGCUGAGGGUUUCCAUGAGUUUGCAGACGUGUCACCAAUAUCUCUGGAGACUGAGGACAAAAUUCUCAAUGAACCCAGUGUUGACGCGUCUUACCAAACCAGCGGCCCCGAGGGUUACCGUGACUCGCAGAUCUCCUCAGACACUGAAGACAGUCUUCACAGUAACGGAAAGAAGCACCCCCAAACUGAUCAACAAUUGAAACAAUCGGUUCUGGACAUGAUCCUUCAAAAUAUCGGAAAAUCUUCAGGAAACUCUCUCCAGUAAGCGGCAGAGGAAGAGAGCGGCCCAGAGGCGUCUUGGAGAGCGGUCCGGGGCUGUGCGCUCCGAGGGAGCCCCCCCGAGCGGGGCACCCAGACUGCGUGCGCGCACACCCACCCUUAGCAAUAAAGAGCACAUGUAUG